AUGGCAGCGAUCAAACCUAAAUUCAAGCUUGUCGUGCUUUGUGAUGGGACCUGGUGUGGUCCAGAGACAUCUACCGAGAGCAACAUUCACAGAUUCCCAAAGAUGAUGGGGAUCGAUACAAAUGCACAAUCUGCAGCGCACGAGCUCGGCAGCCUCAAAGCGAGAUACUUCAAGGGAGUGGGUUUACGCGGAAGUUUCAUGAGCUACCUCUGGGACAGCGCCUUUGCCUCUGAUAGGGAGAAAGAUUGCAAUGAAGUCUACGAAUUCAUUACGCAGAACUUCACUCCGGAGCACGAGAUAUGGAUGUUCGGCUUGAGCAGAGAGGCUCACACAGUCAGCUCAGUCGCCGGCAUGAUCAACAAUUGCGGGAUCAUUCGAAGCGAUAAGGCGAAGUUGACCGAACAAAUCUAUAAGCUCUGUCGAAGCCCGUACCCUGUCAACGAACCGAACUCUCCAGAGACGGAGCAGUUUAGGUCGAAAGUCAGCCAUCCUGUGGAAACGUAA